CCCUAGCUAGCCCCCGUAAAGAUGAAGAACAACAACGAGAGCACCAGUGGCAUUGCAGGAGCGCGCACCUCGCAUUUCACCAUCAAAUACAAGGCUUAUGGGAAUCAGCCGCCGCCUCCCAGCGUCAAGAAGCGCCCCAGCCAACACAUUCGAGAAGCGCUGGAUCCGCCUCUUGCUCAGCGAGAUGGAGUUAUCCGUCCAAAGCCCUGCAUUGUCAACAAGCACAACUUUGCCGAGCAGCGCCACCAAAUCGUCUCCUCGAUACCGGAAGACGAGCCACUGUUCCAGCCCUUCCCACCGGAGGUGGUUUUUACUGGUUACCAUGCCUUCAAGAAAUAUACCACUGUUCUUCAGCUGCGUAACAAUGAUAAGGUGGUGCGAAGAGUCCAGUUGUUGUCCGAGGAUCCCCUCCUGACAGUAGAGUUGCUGCAAAGUGGGGAUCAGGCUGUCUACUCGGAGAUUGGUUCCAGCAAAGUGGCGUGCGGGAUGGAGGUCUCCUACACAAUAGCUUUCGUCCCGGAAAGUGAUGGGGACUACAUGUCGGAGCUUCUGGCCGUGACUGACAGAGAGAAGUUUGUGAUUCCUGUCAGAUGCGUCGGCUUGAAACCCAUGGUGGACGUUCCAGAUGAGAUCAUUUUUCCUCCCACACCUGCAAAAUGUUCCUAUAAAAAGAACGUUAUGAUACAUAAUGUGGGAAAGAAGAAGGCUGUUUUCCGACUCAGGACAAGCGAGUUUUUCAGGGUCUCACCACCCACACAUAACCUUGAUCCGGGAGAAUUCUUUCAGUGCUGCGUCUAUUUUUUCCCUCGGCGAGUAUGCACUUAUGAAGGAGAGCUAGAAGUUACCUUCAAGGAGAAUGGCGACCAGCUUGUCUCGCGGCUAAUUGGAGCUGGCACGGAGUUAAACGUUGGCCUCUCCACAGGUGUGAUCGCAGCAUCUACGACGUAUAUCAGGCGAACUUCGCAUGUCACUUUUCAAGUUUUCAACAACUCCUCUUCUCUCGCUUAUUUCUUGUGGCCCAAGUACGUCCAUUGUUUGAAAACAACAUUUAUAAAGGUGAUAAAGAGGGGCUUCGAGAGCUGCGGUCAUCUAUAA